GUGAUCAGUACCUACACCUCACUCUUUCCACAACUCGGUGUCACCUCGAUGCGCUGGUCAGUCUUCCGUCUGCCUACUCUACUUCGACGCUCGUCGAGCCGAAUCCAGCUCCCAUCGCCCUCACAAUCCGUACGCUCCUUCUCAUUCUCCAGUUCCCUGCGGAGUCUCGACAUGGAAACGGUAGACACCACCAAGCGAUUAGCGCAGUUGCGCGAUCUUAUGCGCCAGCACAAAUUAGACGUCUACAUCGUCCCCUCCGAAGACAGCCAUCAGUCAGAAUACAUAGCACCCUGCGACGCAAGAAGAGAAUACAUAUGUGGGUUUACAGGCUCGGCGGGCACGGCCGUGAUCACACUCGAAAAGGCUGCACUAGCUACAGACGGAAGAUACUUCAAUCAGGCCUCGAAACAGCUUGACAGCAAUUGGUUACUGCUGAAGCAGGGUAUGGAGGACGUGCCGACGUGGCAGGAAUGGACCACCGAGCAGGCCGAAGGCGGUAAGACAGUCGGAGUCGACCCCACUGUCAUUACUGCAUCAGAUGCUCGCAAACUAAGCGAGACGCUCAAGAAGAAAUCGCAUGCUACUUUGGUCGGCGUGCCAGAAAACCUUGUCGACAAGAUAUGGAAAGACAGACCAUUGAGGCCAACCGAGAAGGUCAUUGUUCUGAAUGAAAAGUACGCAGGAAAAUCAUACAAGGAGAAACUUGAUGAUCUGCGCAAGGACCUGAAGAAAAAAAAGGCCGCCGGAAUGGUAGUGUCCAUGCUCGAUGAAGUGGCAUGGCUCUUCAACCUACGGGGGAGUGAUAUCCCUUAUAACCCUGUAUUCUUCUCUUAUGCCGCCGUCACUCCGAAUUCGGCUACUCUUUAUGUUGAUUCCAGCAAGCUCGGACCGGAAGUCAAAGAGUAUCUGGGUACCACAGUCGAAAUCAAACCAUACGACGCUCUUUUCUCCGACCUCACGGACAUAGCUGAGACAGCUGCCAAUGAAGUGCAGCAAAAUGGAACUACGAAGUCACAUGAGCCCAAGCUAUUGCUGUCCAACAAGUCUUCCUGGGCGUUGAACCUGGGCCUGGGUGGUGACGACAAGGUCGAAGAAGCUCGGAGCCCAAUUGCUGACGCAAAAGCUAUCAAGAACGACAACGAGCUCGAGGGGAUGCGACAAUGCCACAUCCGAGAUGGUGCGGCUUUGAUCAAAUACUUUGCUUGGUUGGAGCAUGAAUUGUUGAACGGCUCUUGGAUAGAUGAAGUUCAGGGAGCAGACAAACUGGAGGAGAUUCGGUCGAAAGGCGAGCAUUUUAUGGGAUUGUCCUUUGACACUAUCUCGUCGACCGGUCCAAAUGCUGCAGUGAUCCAUUACAAACCCGAACCCGGCAAUUGCUCUGUGAUCGACCCUAAAGCUAUCUACCUCUGCGAUUCUGGCGCGCAAUAUCUGGACGGCACUACCGACACGACGCGAACGCUACAUUUCGGCGAGCCCUCUGAGAUGGAGAUCAAGGCUUAUACUCUGGUUUUGAAAGGUGUCAUUGCGCUCGAUAGGGCUGUUUUCCCGAAAGGCACGACUGGUUUUGCAAUCGAUGCAUUUGCUCGACAACAUCUGUGGCGAGAAGGCCUCGACUACAGACAUGGUACUGGUCAUGGCGUGGGCUCAUUUCUCAAUGUCCAUGAAGGCCCUAUCGGCAUCGGUACCCGUGCGGCAUAUUCCGAAGUCUCCUUGAGUAUUGGCAAUGUCAUCUCUGAUGAACCGGGGUACUACGAGGACGGCAAUUUUGGUAUUCGGAUUGAGAAUAUGAUCAUGGCGAAGGAAGCGCGAACAAACCACAAAUUCGGUGAUAAACCAUGGAUUGCUUUUGAGCAUGUCACCAUGGUGCCGAUGUGCAGAAAGUUGAUCGACCCAACGCUACUGGCUACGGAAGAGCGCGACUGGCUGAACCACUAUCACAAGGAGGUGUGGGAGAAGACCAACGGCUUCUUCAAGAACGACGAGCGGACAACGAGGUGGCUGAGAAGAGAAACUGCGUCGAUUUGAAGAGGGCAUGAUGAUGCAGCAAACGUGCGUUCAGUCAUAACAGCGCCACCAGGUCACCAAGCUCAGAAACAGGGACUGGUUAUGGUCAAGCUAAAUUGCUUGACAGGUUGCGCAGAGAUAUACGAAAGUAUAUCUGACAAUCCCUUCUACGAUAAGGAAUGGUCCAGAUUCAUUUACAGUUUCUCCGGCUCUGGUGGCCCGGAAAUGUAUUACUAAAUAAUCAGUGUCCUGCAGGGGUGACCAAGGCGCACACUCGUAGCAUUCGUCGCAAUAGCGGAGCGCCUUCUAGAAGAUAGAAUACAUGCCAUUGAUGAUGCCUUAGGU